AUGUUGACAAAGAAAGGCAAUAUUCUACAGAAUAGCACAGCAGCAGUUGAAUUCAUCCUUCUUAGUUUUUCUGAUGAGCCCAACUUGCAAAGCAUAUUGUUUUCUACUUUUCUAGUGAUCUACAUCAGCAUUCUGGCAGGAAAUUCCAUCAUCAUUCUCCACAUAUUGGUCGAUCCUACCCUUCACACCCCCAUGUAUUUCUUUCUGAGAAACCUGUCCUUUUUGGAGAUCUGUUGCGCAUCAGUCAAUGUCCCCAAGAUGCUUGAGAAUCUUCUGUCUGGGAACAAGUCCAGCUCUUUCCUAGGAUGUACUGUACAGACCUAUUUUGAUUUCUUUCUCGGUGGCUCUGAGUGUUUCCUCCUGGCUUUCAUGGCCUAUGAUCACUAUGUUGCCAUUUGUAGACCUCUGCACUACCCUGUCCUUAUGAACAGAAAAGUGUGCAUGAGUCUAGCUGUGGCAUUUUAGUAAAGUGGCUUUUUUAUGUCCUUAAGUCACACCAGUAUGGUAUUUACCAUGUCCUUUUGUGAUUCAAAUGAGAUUAACCAUUUCUUCUGGGACAUCCCCCCAUUACUGAAAUUGGUUUGUGGGGACACUUCCAGGACUGAAAUUGCUGAGUUCGUAGUGGCUAUGGUAUUUGGAACUCUUCCUUUCCUCAUGAUCUUAAUGUCUUAUGCUGGUAUCAUUGCCACCAUUCUGGAAAUUUCUUCUGCAGAAAGACAGACUGCAGCUCCCAACCAGAGGCAGGCUGCACAGCCUUGUCUCUGA